UGCAUUUCUACUGUGAUACCUGUUCUGUCCCCAUAUGUCGGGAAUGUACCAUGGGACGACAUGUGGGUCACAGCUUUAUCUACCUCCAAGAUGCCCUCCAGGAUUCCAGGACUCUCACCAUCCAGCUCCUGGCAGAUGCUCAGCAAGGACGACAAGCUAUUCAACUGAGCAUUGAACAGGCCCAGGCUGUGGCAGAGCAGGUUGAGAUGAAAGCUAAGGUGGUACAGUCUGAAGUCAAAGCAGUGACAACAAGACAUAAGAAGGCCCUGGAAGAGCGAGAGUGUGAGCUGCUCUGGAAGGUGGAAAAGAUCCGUCAAGUCAAGGCUAAGUCGCUCUACUUGCAAGUUGAAAAGUUACGUCAGAACCUAAAUAAGCUGGACAACACUAUUAGUGCUGUCCAGCAGGUCCUGGAGGAGGGUCGUACCAUGGAUAUUCUUCUGGCUCGGGACCGCAUGCUGGCUCAGGUGCAGGAGCUGAAGAACGUGAGGGGCCUUCUCCAGCCACAGGAAGAUGACCGGAUCAUGUUUACUCCCCCUGAUCAGGCAUUGUAUAUGGCCAUUAAAUCAAUGGGCUUUGUCAGCAGUGGGGCUUUUGCUCCUCUGACCAAAGCCACUGGGGAAGGCCUCAAGCGUGCACUGCAGGGCAAGGUAGCCUCUUUCACAGUGAUAGGCUACGACCAUGAUGGUGAACCUCGCCUUUCUGGAGGCGACAUGAUCUCUGCAGUUGUGAUGGGCCCGGAUGGAAACCUGUUUGGGGCAGAUGUCAGUGAUCAGCAGAAUGGGACCUACCUGGUCAGCUACCGCCCACAGCUUGAGGGGGAGCACCUGGUGUCUGUGAUGAUGUGCAACCAACACAUCGAGAACAGCCCCUUCAAAGUCGUGGUGAAAUCCGGCCGCAGCUACAUUGGUAUUGGGCUACCUGGGCUCUCGUUCGGCAGCGAGGGAGACAGCGAUGGUAAACUCUGCCGCCCCUGGGGUGUUAGUGUAGACAAAGAAGGCUACAUCAUUGUUGCUGACCGCAGUAAUAACCGUAUACAGGUGUUCAAGCCCUGCGGGACUUUCCAUCACAAGUUUGGCACGCUGGGCUCCCGGCCUGGCCAGUUCGAUCGGCCCGCUGGUGUGGCCUGCGACAUCUCACGUAGAAUUGUUGUGGCUGACAAGGACAAUCAUCGUAUCCAAAUCUUCACGUUUGAGGGGCAAUUCAUUCUGAAAUUUGGGGAGAAAGGAACCAAGAAUGGGCAAUUCAAUUACCCAUGGGAUGUGGCUGUCAACACGGAGGGCAAAAUCCUGGUCUCCGACACAAGAAACCAUCGUGUUCAGCUGUUUGGGCCUGAUGGUGUGUUUCUGAACAAGUAUGGCUUUGAAGGGGCACUCUGGAAGCACUUUGAUUCCCCCAGAGGUGUGACUUUCAAUCACGAGGGCCACUUGGUAGUGACAGACUUCAACAACCAUCGUCUUUUGGUCAUCCAUCCAGAUUGCCAGUCAGCACGCUUUCUGGGCUCGGAGGGUACGGGGAACGGCCAGUUCCUGCGCCCACAGGGUGUGGCAGUGGAUCAAGAAGGGCGCAUCAUUGUGGCUGAUUCCAGGAACCACCGGGUGCAGAUAUUCGAGUCAAAUGGUAGCUUUUUAUGCAAGUUUGGCACUCAGGGAAGCGGCUUUGGUCAAAUGGACCGUCCUUCAGGUAUAGCCGUCACCCCUGAUGGCAUGAUUGUUGUGGUCGACUUUGGAAACAAUCGAAUUCUCGUCUUCUAAUCUGUGUUUGAAUUAGGAAGAAACUG